AGCCAGUCACCGCGGGGAACUGGAGGACAGCAGGUUCGGAUGUGGAGGCGGCGGCCGGACUGUCCGCGGAGGACCGGCGGGAGCUGGGAUAAAUCAUGAGGCUGAAUGAGGGGCUGACCAGAUCCUUUCAGGCUCCCGUUACCGUCCAUAACUAUCCAAGCAGCCACGUCUAUGUGUUUCGAAAUGGCCGGUCGGACUCGGAUGAGUCAUCGGAGGAAGAGUUUGAUGUCAUGGAAUUACGCCCAAGGGGCAAGGAGCAGCAGAGACGUGUGGCUUCCCGGGAGAAGGUUGGGGAUGUGGUGCUGCUGGAACGAGAGAUUACGGCGGGUGACAGCCUUAACAAGCUCGCUCUGCAGUACGGCUGUAAAGUUGCAGAUAUCAAGCGCAUCAACAACUUCAUCCAGGAGCAGGAUUUGUAUGCUCUGAAGUCCAUCAAGAUCCCUGUAAAGACCCACGGGGUGUUAACCGAGACCAGCAAAGAAUUAAAAGCUCCCCGGAGUGAACGUGCCCAGGCCGCCCUGACCCUCAUUGACCCGCUGGAGCCUGAGGAGGCAGCCUCGAGCAGCAGCUAUGUUGAAUCCGGGCACCUGACCGACUACUUUAAAGGGAUCGACAAGAAUAUUCAGGACGCGGUGCAGUCGGAAGUCAGUAUAAACGUAGACUGUGUCGAGGCACCGAACUGGCUACCUUCCAGCUCAGGAAGACCAAAGGAGGCCGGUACAGGGGCAGACUGGGGAAUCCAGUGGUGGAAUGCUGUUUUCAUCAUGCUCCUGAUAGGAAUCGUCCUGCCGGUAGUUUAUAUCGUCUAUUUUAAAACACAAGAGACCAUGGCGGCAGCCCAUGCCUCAAACACAACCUUUGCCUCAAACCUCUCAGCUCACAGAACAGGGGGGGAAUUGUCACUACACUUACCUUCAGAGAAGCUCCCCAAAUGGGGGAGACAGCCCAGCACUGUCUCCCUUCCCAACAUGCACGCCCAUAAACCAGUGACUCUGUCCUCACCAGUUUCAGGGGGCUAAUUUAAGUCAAUCAUAGGUGACUGGUGGGCUGUGGCUGCCAUGUUUUUAUGGAAGAAUAAAGAUGCUUCGUGGCUAACGGAGUUCAACAGCCAGUUGGCUUUAUGUUCAUAAGGUCUGCCAAGGGAAAAGUGUAGUGCAGCAACCUGCUCUUCUUGGUUGGUUCAAGUAUCCCUCAAGAGUGGCCUUGUCUAGGAAUCUGAACCAGCCAAGCACUGGUUCUGCAGGCGCUCAGCUAUUUAGUGUGUUAUUGAGAGGAAAGUCAAUUUGGCAAGAGACAUUUUAUGUGGACAGGGGUUGGGGGCUGGCAUGAAAAUGCUUUUUCUCUUGCUGGAACAGAGUCACCCUGGUAUCUUUAACCCUAACCGUGAGCUUAUAGCUCAAGUAGCCGCACUACACUGCCGUCUGACCUCACUGGUUAGGCUUGUGCCUCCGUAACAGUUUACUCUGCCAGUGACCAAAUCAAGCUAAAUUUAUCUAGAACGAUUGAGGCCUCUGCCAUGUACAAAGCCUUGCUCUUUCAUGGAAACGCCUGGACUGCAGUAGGCCUGCACACCACUGUCUUCAGUUGGAGAGCUCACUGCUGCAGUAGGUUUCUCAGACUUGCUUUGUGGUGGGAAGUUCACCACAUUUUCUGUACCCAGGAAGGUGUCUGAGACACUUAAGUUUGUCAGCCUGUGCUGAGUCUGUCAGCCUGUGAAUUAGGAAUUCAGGUCUCAGCAAGUUGAUCUCCCCUUUAUGAAGUGGUAAAGAGGCAGGACAAACCAGCCCUGUGAUAUCAGGAGACCCCAGAAAGAACUGAACUCCUUCCCGUGGGUUAGGGCUUACAACACUAACAGGCAGAGCUGGACACAGGCAUGGGUGAACCAGGUGGCUGUCCAGGGCCUGAGCAGUAAGGGGGCCUGAAAAUGGUAAUUUUUUUUUUCUGUUGUCUGAUUUUAUUAUUAUUGUUAUCUCUGGCAAAGUGGAGGGGCCCGAUACUAAAAGUUCACUCGGGGCUGCCAGGAGUCUAGGUACAGUAUUGUGAACAGUUUGUUUGAACUGCAGAUCCUCGUAGGCAUUCUUGGUGCCUGAGCAAGGCACCAGGUCUUGAAAGAUGCUAAUUAGGCUCUUGAUACAUCGGAGUCUGCUAGGGUUUACCAUAUGUCUUUUUCACACUGUGUGCUGGGGGUUUGGAACCUGCAGUAAAAAUUUUCCUCAGAGUCCACUUCAGCGGACGGAGAACUGCAGAAGCAGUUAUGCCACCUCCUGGCUGAACACUAAGGUCACAUUUUUGCAGUCCUCCAAUGUAGACUACUCCAAAGGACAACUGUACAAAAUAGAAACCCUACAGUAUGCUGCCUAAACAUCAGCUCUUUCAGCACAGAGCAAACACGAAGGAGCUUGAACCUUCCCUGUGCCCAGACACCAGUUACCAUGAUGCUCCCACUCUGCUUUACGUGUUGGCUAGCCUGAUUAUUAUUAUUUUUUUUUUUUUCCCUUCCUGGAGGCUGUAGUUUUGUCUUGCAGCAAGCCGAGGGCCCCUUGAGCAUAGGCAGUAGGUGACUUCAUUUUUUUUUGUCGGGUGUGGCUCUGGGAUUCAGUGUUUGCUGUAGACUCAAGGUUAACAAGCAGCUUGUUGGUGAGCAGUGGAUACGGCCUUGACAUGAAAUAGCCAGGUUUGUCGUCUAAUAGUGAUGGGAGCAGCUCGUUAGCAUCUUUCAGAGGUGCCAGUAUUAGGGAGCAGAGGAAACGGGAAGCCAGGGAAAAGCAACCUUGAAACUCUUCUGUAGCACAAAGGCCGUUCCUGCUCCUCGCCUCCACUAGAGGGCACUGCCACUACAGAAAACGGUCCACGUCUGCGCUGGGCAAAGGAAAUGCCACAGAGAGCCCUAACUUGCGCUGCAGCCGUGUUGGUUGGUGGCGUACCGAGUGCAUGGUGAGAUUGUUUCAUGUAGGCUGAAUGCGGUGGGUAUCUUUUCUUUUUCCUUUUCCUUGCAAGGCUGGCGAAUAUCCUGGUCCAGGGUGCUGGGAUGACAUAAAGGAUCAUGAUGCUCAGUAUUGCUGUUUUGAGAUACGUUAUUGCUGAUGCAGCCUCUUCCAGGCCUGAGAGCGUGCAUGGACAGCACUGGUGUUUGCAGUAGCCUGAAAGCUGAAGAAGUGGUGUCCACGGCCAGGGGAGCUGCCAGCUGUGGUGCCUGAGCGCUGCCCCCAGGGCUGGACUGACCAGGGCAGGACUGGGACAUGGUUUGGACAAGAGACUCUUUUGCAGCAAGGAGAAAGCUCUGGGCAGGAGCCAGGGGAGAAACCUCUGUUGUUUUUAAAAGGUGCCAAAAGCCUCAGGUUUCAUAAGGCAGCUGUGUCUAUUUUAAAUAUAAAUGUAUUUUCUUCUGUGAAGGAAACUCGGUCCCUUUUGUUCUGUGAGGGUUGAUGUGAAACUUCUGAAUGGCGAAUGAGUCAAUAAAAGCACAGCGGGAACUA